GAUACAGAGACGUUGUUGGAUACUCCUUGCUUAUCGCCACUCAAUCACCUCCCCUUUUGUUUGUCUGAAUAAAUUUCCCUUUUUCUUUCCGAUUUCUCGUUGAAGAUUUUUUUUAUUUUUUUUUGAAUUAUUUUCUGAUUGCUGGUGGAUCCUGAUCCGAGUACGCGAAAACACGAACUAGAGUACGAUGUCGACAUUCACGCCCAAGAACAUCCUCAUUACUGGGGCAGCUGGAUUCAUUGCUUCCCAUGUUGCAAACCGGCUGAUUCGAAACUACCCCGAGUACAAGAUCGUUGUACUCGACAAACUCGAUUACUGCUCCAAUCUCAAAAACCUCCUCCCUUCCAAAGCCUCGGCGAACUUCAAGUUCGUCAAGGGUGACAUUGGCAGUGCUGACCUAGUCAACUACCUUCUCAUCACCGAGAACAUCGACACCAUCAUGCACUUUGCCGCCCAGACCCAUGUUGACAAUUCUUUCGGUAACAGUUUCGAGUUCACCAAGAACAACAUUUACGGGACCCACGUUCUUUUGGAGGCUUGCAAAGUCACUGGCCAGAUCAGAAGAUUUAUCCACGUCAGCACAGACGAGGUCUAUGGAGAGACCGAGGAGGAUGCUGUUGUGGGAAAUCACGAGGCAUCUCAGCUUCUGCCCACGAAUCCUUACUCAGCCACGAAAGCUGGUGCUGAAAUGCUUGUUAUGGCUUAUGGUAGAUCUUAUGGGUUGCCUGUUAUUACAACCCGAGGAAACAACGUUUACGGUCCUAAUCAGUUCCCUGAGAAGUUGAUUCCAAAAUUCAUCCUUUUAGCCAUGGCGGGGAAAACUCUUCCGAUUCACGGUGAUGGUUCGAACGUGCGGAGUUACCUGUACUGUGAGGAUGUAGCGGAGGCUUUUGAAGUCGUUCUUCACAAGGGAGAAGUGGGCCAUGUUUACAACAUUGGAACGAAGAAGGAAAGGAGGGUCAUUGAUGUUGCCGAAGAUAUAUGCAAACUGUUCAACAUGGAUCCUGAGAAGAGCAUCAAGUUCGUGGAGAAUAGGCCGUUUAAUGAUCAGAGGUACUUCCUCGACGACCAGAAGCUGAAGAACAUUGGCUGGUCCGAAAAGACCGCAUGGGAAGAGGGUCUGAAAAAGACCAUCGAGUGGUACAGAAGCAAUCCCGAGUGGUGGGGCGAUGUGUCUGGUGCACUGCUCCCCCAUCCAAGAAUGCUGAUGAUGCCAGGUGGCAUCGAGAGGCAUUUCGAUGGGGCUGAGAAGUACGAAUCUGGUAAAUCUGAAUUCACCGGAGAGUCUAAACCCAAUCCCGAAAUCAGCCCAUCGCCACAAAAACCAGCACUGAAGUUCUUGAUCUACGGUAAAACAGGGUGGAUCGGUGGUUUGCUCGGAAAACUGUGCGAGAAACAGGGGAUUGCGUAUGAAUAUGGAAAGGGGCGUCUUCAAGAUCGCUCGACACUUUUGGCUGACAUAAAAUCUGUUAAGCCGACACAUGUUUUUAAUGCUGCUGGAGUAACUGGUCGACCAAAUGUUGAUUGGUGUGAGAGUCACAAAACCGAAACAAUUCGGACCAAUGUCGUUGGCACAUUGACCUUGGCAGAUGUGUGUAGAGAGCAAGGCUUACUCAUGAUGAACUACGCCACUGGGUGUAUAUUCGAAUACGACGCUGCACAUCCGGAAGGUUCCGGUAUUGGAUUCAAGGAGGAGGACACCCCCAAUUUCCACGGAUCUUUCUAUUCCAAAACCAAAGCCAUGGUGGAAGAGCUCUUGAAAGAGUACGACAAUGUCUGCACAUUGAGGGUUCGUAUGCCAAUAUCUUCGGACCUGAGCAACCCGCGUAAUUUCAUCACAAAGAUCUCGAAGUACAACAAGGUGGUGAAUAUUCCCAACAGCAUGACAGUUUUGGACGAGCUCCUUCCGAUUUCGAUUGAGAUGGCGAAAAGGAAUCUUAGGGGAAUAUACAACUUCACAAACCCUGGAGUUGUGAGCCACAACGAGAUCUUGGAGAUGUACAAGCAGUACAUCGACCCGGAUUUCAAGUACAGCAACUUCACUCUCGAAGAGCAAGCAAAGGUCAUAGUCGCUGCUAGAAGCAACAACGAAAUGGAUGCCUCUAAGUUGAAGAAAGAGUUCCCCGAGCUGCUUUCGAUUAAAGACUCGUUGAUCAAGAUCGUAUUCGAACCCAACCGUAAAACCCCUGCUGCAUAAGCGUUUCUUGAUUCGGGUCUACGUGUGCUUUUUUAAUUUUUAAUAUUUUUUUUUAAUGUUUUUCUUUUUUUUUAGAGAAUAUGCUAUGUUGAGGAAGGUGGUUUUGCAGGAUAUGCCCAUUUACUUUGAAAUUGUAUUAUUGUACUGCACUAAAAAGAACAUCUCUGCAUGUGGUUUGUGACAUGUUUGUUCUUAGAUGUAAUAAAUUCUUGUAUUUGUUUAGUUAAUUUGUAUUCAAUUUAAGGAUUA